AUGAGCUCAUUUUCCAACCCCAACCCCAAGUUUGAGCACCUUCUUCCGAGGAGCGGUAAAUGGCGCACGGAUAUAACCAACUGGCUGACGGAGGACGUUCCCUCGUUUGACUACGGUGGAUACGUGGUCGGCGAGACCCUCCAGUCGGCCACUCUAUGGUGCAAGGCUCCGGGCGUUCUGUGUGGGGUUUCCUUUGCUAAAGAAGUGUACUUGCAGUGCGGACUGGAGGUGGAAUGGUUCAUUGAAGAAGGCACUUUCAUUGACCCCAGAAAAGUCGAGGGAGGUAAGGUGAAGGUCGCCAUUGUGAAGGGUCCAGUGCGUGAUAUUCUCGUGGCAGAAAGGUUAUCGCUCAACAUCAUUAGCAGAUGCUCCGGAAUUGCCACUCAGUCAUAUCGCACUGUUCAACGUGCCCGUGAAGUCGGAUACACUGGUAUUAUUGCAGGAACCCGCAAGACCACACCUGGACUCAGAUUGCUAGAGAAAUACAGCAUGAUCGUAGGUGGAUGCGAUCCUCACAGAUAUGAUCUGAGUUCCAUGGUGAUGCUGAAAGAUAACCACGUAUGGUCCACGGGAUCCAUUACCAAAGCUGUUGAAAGUGCACAGAAAGUUGUGGGGUUUUCGGGAAAAGUAGAGGUUGAAGUCCAGACAGAAGAAGAGGCUGACGAGGCCAUAGCAGCUGGUGCAGACAUCAUCAUGUUGGACAAUUUCACUGGAGAUGGCUUGAAAAUUGCUGCUGUCAGCAUCAAAGAACGGUGGGCUGGAAAAGCGAGGUUCUUACUUGAGUGCAGUGGAGGUCUUACUCUUGAUAAUCUCGAUGAGUAUUUGUGCCGUGAUAUCGAUAUCUACAGCACUUCUUCAGUUCACCAGGGUACUGGAAUCAUUGACUUUAGUCUGAAAAUCAACAGGGGAUAG